AUGCCCCCUAAGAAAAGGCACCUCACCGGAGUGAUGGGGCAGAUGUGCAGAGUGUGUCCGGGUGGGCAGAAGGACGCCGAAGUGCCCCCCGAGGGGGAGCAGAGCACGCUCGAUGCGCCCUGCAGUGACUCAAUGCCAUCCCCCAGGAGGUUACGGUUUAAAGUCAUAAACUCAAACAAGCUCCACAUCUUGUGGAAGGAGCCAAAGGGAGCCUUCGACAAAUACAAAUUCCUAUACAACUAUUUACCAGGUGGCCAUCCGAGAGAGAUUGAUGUCCCCAAAUCGGAGAGCAAGGUGAUCAUAACGGAUUACAACCCGGCCAAGGACUACAUCGUCCACGUCAUCGCUGUCAAAGGCAGCCAGCAGAGCAAGCCACUGCAGGGCACACAUAAAGCUGAGCAGACAGACAGUGAUAAGGGGGGAGAGACCCAGCCCCAGAGGCUGAGGGAGACCGACGCCCCACCUGAUGAGGCCAAUGAGAUCUCUGGAGUGGACCCGUUCGUUUGCCACACGGAGGCGGUCGCCGACAUCGUCAUCCUGGUGGACGGCUCGUGGAGCAUCGGCAGGAUCAACUUCCGGCUGGUGCGCCUGUUCCUGGAGAACCUGGUCAACGCCUUCGACAUCGGCAUCGACAAGACGCGCAUCGGUCUGGCUCAGUACAGCGGGGACCCCAGGAUAGAGUGGCAUCUGAACGCCUACACCACCAAAGACACCGUGAUCGACGCCGUGAAGAAUCUGCCCUACAAGGGAGGCAACACACUUACCGGCCUGGCGCUGACCUACAUUCUGGAGAACAGCUUCAAGCCCGAGUCGGGAUCCAGACCCGGCGUCCCGAAGAUCGGCAUCCUGAUCACGGAUGGAAAGUCCCAGGACGACGUGGUGCCCCCUGCGGAGAGCCUGCGAGACGCCGGCGUGGAGCUGUUCGCUGUCGGUGUGAAGAACGCAGACGAGAACGAGCUGCAGUCCAUCGCCUCGGAGCCGGAUGAGGGACACGUGUACAACGUGGCCGACUUCAGCAUCAUGAGCUCCAUCGUGGAAGGGCUCACCAAGAUCGUGUGUGAGCAGGUGCAGCACCAGGACAAGGAGAUCAAGACCAAACUCCCUCUGGAGCCGAUAGAGCAGCCAGAGACCGGCGCUCCCUCGGACUUCCUGGCAUCCGAGGUCACGGCCAACAGCUUCCGGGUCACGUGGAGCCCCGCCCCCGGGAAGGUGGAGAAAUACCGAGUGGUGUACUACCCGGCUCAAGGAGGGAGACCGGACGAGCUGGUGGUGGACGGUGGUGAGAGCUCCGUGCUGCUGGAGCACCUGAGCUCCCAGACGCUCUACGAAGUGGCCGUGUUCGCUGUCUACGCCACCGCCGCCAGCGAGGCCCUGAGGGGGUCCGCAGACACCCUUGUCCUAGCGACAGUGAGCAGGCUGGAGCUGUUGGACAUGAGCCCCAGUGCGAUGCGGGCGCGCUGGUCGGCUGUGGCGGGGGCCAGCGGCUACAUGCUGCUGUACGCUCCCCUCACCGGGGAGGGGGACGCUGAGGAGAAGGAGCUCAAGGUAUCAGAGGCCAUCACAGAGCUUGAGCUGGAGGGUCUGAUCCCGGACACGGAGUACUCUGUGACGGUGUACGCCCUGUACGGGGAAGAGGCCAGUGACCCGGUGACCCACCAGGAGACCACCCUGCCACUCAGCCCGCCCAGCAAUCUGCAGUUCUCUGAAAUUACCCACAAUUCAGCUCACAUCAACUGGGAGCCCCCCCAGCGGGUGAAGGGGUACCGCAUCUCGUGGGUCAAGGCAGACGGACUGGUCGAAGAGGAGGUGGAGGUUGGCCCUGUGAGCUCCUACGACAUCGGGGACCUGACCUCUCUCAUGGAGUACUCUGUCGCCGUGUCCGCCCUGUACGACGAGGGCCAAUCGGAAUCCCUCACCGAUGGCUUCACGACCAACCCGGUCCCCGGGCCCCUGGGCCUGAGGGCCAGUGACGUGUCAGAGGACAGCAUGCGGGUCAGCUGGGACCACUCAGCCAAUGACGUGGUCCUCUACAAGCUAUCCUGGGCUCCGUUUACAGGGGGCGACGCUAAGGAGGUGAUUUUGAGCGGUUCGGUUGACAGCUAUGCCCUGACCGGUCUCCGCCCCUCCACGGAGUACGAAGCGAUGCUAACGGCCGUGUUCAAAGACAAGUCCGAGAGCGACGCCGUGGCUGUCAUGGCAACCACACUGGCCAGGACAACAACAAUUGCUCCGACUACCGCAGCGCCCCGCCACGCGCCCAGGAACCUUCAGGUGGGGGAGAGGACCACCCACAGCCUGGAGGCCUCCUGGGUGCUGGAGGACCCCCUGGUGGAGGGCUACAGGGUGUCCUACGCCACCCCCGAGCGCACCCACUCCCCGGAGGUGGUCUUCCUUCCAGCUGGGUCCAGCAGUGUGCUGCUCCAGCCUCUGGUCCCUGACACCUGGUACAAGGUGACCCUCACCCCGCUGUACCCAGACGGCCACGACGGCGUCAGCGCCGCCACGCAGGGAGCCACACUACCGCUCUCAUCGCCUAGCAACCUGCGCGUUUCAGAGGAGUGGUACAACCGCUUCAGACUCACCUGGGACCCACCCACCUCCCCCCCAACAGGGUACCGGGUAGUCUACCAGCCCAUGACUGCCCCAGCCCCGGCUCUGGACACGGUGGUCGGUGCGAACGUCAACUCCGUGGUGGUCCCCAACCUGCAGAGCGGGACGGAGUACUCCGUCCAAGUGAGCGCGUCCUUCCCCACGACCAACAGCGAGCCCGCCCUAGGCACCGCCAAGACCUUAUUCCUGGGGGUGUCUGGCCUGUCCACGUACCAGGUCCGUCCCAACAGCAUGUGUGUCCAAUGGCAGCCUCUGUCCCAUGCCACCAUGUACAGAGCAUCUAUUCAGUCCACGCUCAGUAAGUACCAAACAUAUAAAGCAUUAUAUUAUAUACAUUAUAUAUGUAUGUACAUAUAAAUAUAUGUGUGUGUU